GCGCCCGCGCCGGACUCCACUCUACGCGUGCUCGCGCGCCGCAUAACAUCCCGAACUAUCCUCUCAUUUUCGCUCGGGAGGUAGCCGUGCUCGGACGCUCUUCAACAACCGAAUCCGCGAAGUGAUUUAGUGGAGACCCCUCAGGUGUUCCAUUGAUCCGAUAGAGAUUCGUGAAAGAUGCCGAGCGUAGCGAACGGACGCGGCGGCGCCGAUGACGACGUGGUGCUGACUGGGCUGUCGGGCCGCCUGCCCGAGUCCAACAACAUCGAGGAGUUUGCGCAGCAGCUGUUUGAUGGCGUGGACCUGGUCACCGCUGAUGACCGCCGCUGGACACCCGGAGUGCACGGGCUACCCGAGCGUAAUGGCAAACUCAAGGAUUUGGUACACUUCGACGCCACCUUUUUCGGCGUGCACGCCAAGCAGGCUCACCUCAUGGACCCGCAGUUGCGGCUGUUGCUCGAGCUCACCCACGAGGUCAUCAUCGACGCCGGCAUCAGCCCCGCCGAGCUGCGCGGCUCGCGCACCGGCGUCUACGUCGGCGUGUCCAACUCGGAGACCGAGGAAGUGUGGACCGCGGACGUGGACAAGAUCAACGGCUACGCGCUCACCGGCUGCUGCCGCGCCAUGUUCCCCAACCGACUGUCAUACACUUUCGAUCUCAAAGGCCCCUCGUACGCGGUAGACACCGCCUGCUCGAGUUCUAUGUUCGCGCUCGCGCAGGCCGCGAGCGCCAUCCGGUCCGGCCACUGCGACGCCGCAGUCGUCGCCGGCACCAACCUCUGCCUGAAGCCGGCCAACUCGCUCAACUUCCACCGACUGAGCAUGUUGUCUCCUGAAGGUCGUUGCGCGGCGUUCGACGCGAGCGGCCGCGGCUACGUGCGCUCGGAGGCCGCUGUGGCCGUGCUGCUGCAACGCCGCAAGGACGCGAGGAGACUGUACUGCACGGUGCGCGGCGCGCGUAUGAACACUGACGGCAAUAAGGCUCAGGGCAUCACUUACCCCGACGGGCGCAUGCAGCGUCGGCUCGCACAGGAAACCUUCGAAGAGGCGCGCUUGCGGCCGCAGGAUGUCAUCUACGUGGAGGCCCAUGGUACCGGCACUAAGGUGGGAGACCCUGAGGAGGUGAACGCGAUCGCUGAUCUAUUCUGCAAGGGCAGACAGACGCCGCUCCUGCUGGGUUCAGUCAAAUCCAACAUGGGUCACUCCGAGCCCGCAUCCGGGCUCUGCUCUAUUGCCAAGGUCGUCGUGGCCAUGGAGAGUGGUGUUAUCCCCGGAAACUUGCAUUUCAAGAGCCCCAACACCGACAUUCCCGCUCUUAACGACGGCCGUAUUAAGGUCGUAGACAAAAACACACCCUGGCAGGGCGGUCUGGUGGCCGUGAACUCGUUCGGUUUCGGCGGCGCCAACGCCCACAUAAUCCUCGAAUCACAGAGCGGCAAGCGUCCCCAACCCGCCGAGUACCCGGCGCCGCGUCUGAUCCUCGCCUCGGGCCGCACCGACGAGGCCGUUGAGAAAUUACUCAAGCUGGCCGCUGAGCAUCAGCGCGAUGCCGAACUGCAUGGACUUUUGGACGCCAUUCACGCCCAAGCGAUCCCCGGCCACCCGCGCCGCGGGUACGCCGUGCUCGACCCGGCGCGCGGCUCGGCGCCCGUCAUCGAAGUGCUCGAAAGCGAGAGCGAGCCGCGCCCGGUCUGGUUCGUGUUCAGCGGGAUGGGCUCGCAGUGGGCCGGGAUGGCUAAAGCCCUGCUCCGUUUGCCGACGUUCGCGGCGAGCGUCGCGCGCUCCGCGGCGGCGCUGAGGCCGCACGGGCUGGACUUGCAGAACGUGAUCACGGAAGCUCCGGACGGCGCGUUCGACAAUGUCAUCAACUCGUUCGUGUCCAUCGCCGCCGUGCAGGUGGCGCUGGUGGACGUGCUGCGCGAGCUCGGCGUGCGCCCCGACGGCAUCAUCGGACACUCCGUCGGAGAAGUCGGCUGCGCGUACGCCGACGAGACCCUGACGGGCGAGCAGGCGGUGCUGUGCGCGUACUGGCGAGGCCGCAGCAUCGUGGACGCCAAGCUGGCCCCGGGCGCCAUGGCGGCCGUCGGCCUCUCCUGGGAGGAGGCCGCGCGCCGCUGCCCCGCCGACAUCGUGCCCGCCUGCCACAACUCUGCCGACAGCGUCACUAUCUCUGGCCCCCCUGCCUCCAUCGAGAAGGUCGUGGCUGAACUAUCAGCGGAGGGCGUGUUCGCGCGCCGCGUCAACAGCUCGGGCGUCGCUUUCCACAGCAAGUACAUCGCGGCCGCGGCCACUCAGCUGCGGACCAGUCUGCUGCAAGUCAUACCCAAGGCUAAACCGCGUACGACGCGCUGGUUGUCGUCUUCCAUACCUCAGGACCAGUGGGACUCCGAUCUUGCUAAACUGAGCGACGCCGCGUACCACGUGAACAACCUCCUCUCGCCGGUGCGUUUCGCGUCCGUCCUCGCGCUGGUGCCGGAGCGCGCCAUGGUGGUCGAGGUGGCCCCGCACGCUCUGCUCCAAGCCGUGCUCAAACGUGCACUGCCCAAUGCCGCGCACGUGCCGCUAGUGCGCCGCGACGCGCCCGAUAGCCUUGUUCAUCUGCUAAGCGCUGUGGGCAAAGCUUUUGCUGCCGGCGCUCAGCCUCAGGUGUCGCGCCUGUACCCGGCCGUGUCGUACCCCGUGUCGCGCGGCACGCCCGCGCUGGCCUCUGCGGUGCGCUGGGACCACUCCAUCGAGUGGAGCGUGGCCGAUUUCAAGCAGGCCGGCCGCACCGGCGAGAACCUCAUCGAGUACGACCUCGGCAAACCGGACGAGGCAUUCAUCGCUGGACACAACAUUGAUGGGAGGGUGCUCUUCCCCGCUACUGGAUAUCUCACUUUGGUAUGGCGUACAGUAGCGAAAGUACACAACUUGAAGAUGGAAGAAGCCCCUGUUGUUCUAGAGAACGUGCAGUUCCGUCGCGCCACCAUCGUAUCUCGCGACGCACCUCUGAGGUUCCUCGUCACGCUGCUCGGAGGCACCGGCGAAUUCGAAGUCUGCGAGGGAGGCGCGGUAGUAGUCACAGGAAUCGCCCGCCUCACAGAAAACCCCGCUUCUGAGCGUCUACCAGCCACCUCCCUUAUCGACCCCGAAGAAAAGGAAGACCUACCUACCCUCGACACGGAAGACAUCUACAAAGAACUCCGUCUCCGCGGCUACAACUACCAGGGCAUCUUCCAAGGAAUCAAGUCAUCAGACGGCCGCGGCAAGACCGGCCAGCUCAAAUGGGAGGACAACUGGAUCUCGUUCAUGGACACGAUGCUCCAGUUCGGUAUCAUCGGCGUGGACACGCGGGAACUGUACCUUCCCACUCGUCUUCAACGCGCGCUCAUCGAUCCCAUCGCGCAGCGUAAAGCGGCGGCAACCGGCGGCACUAUUCCGAUUAAGUUGUACCGCAAUGUCGACGUGACCGUGGCGGGCGGCGUGGAAUUCCGUGGUGUGAAGACUUCGCUAGCUCCGCGCAGAGCUAACGCUCAGUCUGCCCCGAAACUGGAAAAGUACGUGUUCUUGCCGCUGGAUGGCGCUCGCGUGGGCACGGAAGACACGGGACGGUCGAAGCGGCACGCGCUGACGGCGGCGCUGCAGAUCGCGCUGGAGAACUGCAACGUGCUCAAGAUGAAGGUCACCGAACCCGCGCUGCAAAGACCGGCUGAGGCCCUGCUGUUGCCGCAUGCCCUGCAAGUGUUGGAGUCCGAGCCGGCGGUGCGCGUGGACGCCACUCUGGCGUCCGGCGCCGACACGGCGCAGUAUACCGCCGCCAUGGAACCGCUUGGAAUCAAGGUGUCGAAAAAGGAUGCCGCGAGCGGUCUCGAAGGCGACUGCCACGUGGUACUAGGAGCCGACGUGUUGGCGCGUCACGGCGCCGCCAUGUUGUCAACCUUGGCCGCGGCCACCGCGCCCACGGGCUUCGUGCUGUUGGAGGAACCGGCCCGUGCCCUGGACGACCCCGCUGCGCAGGCCGUGGUCACCCAAGCUGGACUCACCCUGGUAUCACGAGCGCGCGCCGCAUCCUGCGAAUACGUGCUCCUCCGGCGCGAAGCGACCGUCCCGGCCACCAAGCUCGUCCUCGAAGUCCGCGACGACGACUACGCCUGGGUUGACACUCUUAAACAAUCCAUGAAGCGAGCUGAGACAGAAGACAUGCGGCUGUACCUGUGGUCGCGCGCACCCGGCUCCGGGGUCCAAGGGCUGGCUACCUGUUUGCGUCGCGAGGCCGGCGGGGAUAAACUCAGGCUUUACUACCUGCCGAGUGCCAAGGAAGUGUUCAACCCUGACGCGCCGGCGUACAAGGCCCAAGUACAGAGGGAUCUGGCCUUCAAUGUGCUGCGCGCUGGCGUGUGGGGCACGUUCCGGCAUCUGCUGCUCGAUGAUACUACUGAAGCUCAAUUGCAGGUGGAACACGCAUACGUGAACACCCUGACCCGCGGUGACUUAUCAUCCCUCCGCUGGAUCGAGAGCGACCUGCGCCACGCCUCAGCCACACCGCAGCGACCGCACACCGACCUGUGUCGAGUCUACUACGCGCCGCUCAACUUCCGUGACAUUAUGCUUGCCACUGGAAAACUGCCGCCUGAUGCACUCCCUGGAGACCUUGCUGGACAGGAAUGUAUCCUCGGCCUGGAGUUCAGUGGCCGCUCGUCGUCCGGCAAACGCGUCAUGGGCAUGGUCGCGGCCAAGGGCCUGGCCACCACGGUCAUGGCCGACGAAGGCUUCAUGUGGGAGGUGCCAAAGCAGUGGUCGCUGGAAGAAGCGGCGACCGUCCCCGUAGCGUACGCGACGGCGUAUUACGCCUUGGCCGUCCGCGGCCGCAUGCGGAAAGGCGAAGCUGUCCUUAUCCAUGCGGGUACCGGUGGUGUCGGUCAAGCGGCGAUCGCUAUAGCUCUGCACGCGGGCUGCAACGUGUUCACGACCGUGGGCACGCCCGAUAAGCGCGCCUUCCUCCGCGAGCGCUUCCCGCAGCUCCCCGACGCUAACAUCGGAAACUCCCGCGACUGCUCGUUCGAGCAGCUAGUGCUGCGCCGCACGAAGGGCCGCGGUGUGGAUUUGGUGCUCAACUCGCUCGCCGGCGACAAGCUGCAAGCGUCGCUCCGCUGCCUCGCGGUGGGCGGUCGCUUCCUCGAGAUCGGCAAGCUGGACCUCAGCGCGAACACGGCGCUCGGGAUGGCCGUGCUGCUGAAGAACACCACCGUGCACGGGAUUCUGCUGGACGCGCUGUUUGACGCGCGCGGCGACCACCCCGAGAAGGCGGAGGUAGUCAAGUGCGUGACGGAGGGCAUCGCGGCCGGCGCCGUGCGACCACUCCCCGCUACUGUCUACACCGACACCCAGCUCGAGCAGGCCUUCCGGUUCAUGGCCACGGGCAAGCACAUCGGCAAGGUGCUGAUCCGCGUGCGCGAGGAAGAAGCGGGCAGCAAGCCCGCGGCGGCGCGGCUGCUGUCCGCCAUGCCGCGCACAUACAUGCACCCCGGCAAGAGCUACGUGCUUGUCGGUGGCCUGGGCGGCUUCGGUCUGGAGCUGGGCGAGUGGCUGACGAAGAACGGAGCGCGCACGCUCGUGUUCAACUCGCGCAGCGGCGUGCGCACCGGCUACCAGGCCUGGUGCAUUCGCAGAUGGCGCGAGAAGGGCAUCAAAGUGGUGGUGUCCACCACGGACGCGACGACUGUAGCCGGCGCCCGCGCGCUGCUGAGGGAAGCGGCGGCCGCCGCGCCCGUGGCCGGCGUGUUCAACCUGGCCGCCGUGCUGCGCGACGCCUUUCUAGAAAACCAGACCCCGGAGGACUUCCGCGUCUGCGCCAAGCCUAAGAUUGACGGCACACGCGCCCUAGACGUCGCGUCUCGCGAGCUCGCGCCCGAGCUGGAACACUUCGUGGCGUUCUCGUCCGUGUCCUGCGGCCGGGGCAACGCCGGCCAGAGCAACUACGGCCUCGCCAACAGCGCCAUGGAGCGGCUGUGCGAGCAGCGCCAGGCCGACGGACUCCCGGCGCUCGCCGUCCAGUGGGGCGCUAUCGGCGACGUCGGUCUCAUCAUGACGGCCAUGCAUGGCAGCGAGGAUACGGAAGUCGGGGGAACUAUGCCGCAGCGCAUUGCUUCUUGUCUGGCCACGCUUGGGACGUUGCUGGCGCUGCCGCACGCGGUCGCGUCGUCGGUGGUGCUGGCCGAUAAGCGGCGCGCGCAGGACAAGCCUACGCAAGAUCUAGUGCAGGCGGUCGCUAAUAUCCUUGGUAUCAAGGACCCGAGCAAAGUGUCCGAGACCGCGAAUCUCGCCGAGCUAGGCAUGGACUCGCUGAUGGGCGCCGAGAUCAAGCAGACCCUAGAGCGCGGCUAUGACGUGCUGCUCGGCGUGCAGGAGAUCCGCGCGCUCACGUUCGCACGGCUGCGCGGCAUGGGGGGGGGUGACGCCGGCAUGGGGGGGGGUGACGCCGGCAUGGGGGGGGGUGACGCCGGCAUGGCGGGGAGUGACGCCUCCCCCCCCGCCGCGCCGCAGACCAGCGACGACCUGGUGCAGUUCGCGACCUUCGGCGAGCUCAUGCCGAAGCAGGUGCUAGUCAAACUGCCGUCGCAGCCGCCCGCUAAUCCUGACCACAGGCCCAUAUUCAUGGUGCACCCGAUCGAAGGUGUAGUAGACUUGCUACGCGGCGUGGCAGCCAGCGUGAAGGGCACAGUGUACGGUCUGCAGUGCGCCGCGUCCGCUCCGCUUGAAGACAUGGCUGCGCUCGCUCGCUUCUACGUGAAACACGUCCGCACAGCCCAACCUCAGCCACCAUACACGCUGCUCGGCUACUCGUUCGGAGCCGGCGUCGCGUUUGAGAUGGCACUACAGUUAGAGAAGGAAGGCUGCGCGACGAGGCUGGUGUUAGUUGACGGGUCGCCCGCGUUUGUCGCCACGCACACGACGCGUGGGAAGAAAAAGCGCACCGCUCGCACCCCGCAGUCGGACGAGGCUGACGCGCUGGCGUACUUCGCGCAGGUGUUCCAGGAUCUUGAUGCGGCUAAGGUCGCCUCCGAGUUGGAAAAGCUGCCCAACUGGGAGGCGCGCGUGGGCCGCGUGACGGAACUCAUCGUGGCGAGCGGCGCGCGCGUCGAGCGAGACGCCCUGCGCGGCGCCGCGCACAGCUUCUACCGCAAACUCGUGCUCGGCGACAGCUACAAACCCAGCGCCAAGCUGCGCGCGCCCGUCACGCUGUUCAAGGCGAGAGACAACUACGUGGCGCUGGACGAGGACUACGGGCUCAAGGCCGUGCUCGAUGGUGAGCUGAGCACGAGGCAGCUGGCCGGCACGCACCGCACCAUCCUAGCCGGCGACGCGGCGAGGUCCAUAGCCGACUACGUGUCCGAUCUACUCGCGAAACACUAACGGACGCACGCG